UUAUCCCGCGUUUCCUCACUACGCCGUCAAACUUUGACAAUGGACAAAGCGCAAGAUGAGCUACAUACCGGCCUUCCCGAGCUACGCACCGACUGGAUCGGCAGUACCACCCUCGUUGAGGUCCCGCUCCCCGCGAAACGUAUCCUCGAGGACUACGCCGGGGUGCCCGGCGAAAACAUCAUGGCACACCUUGAUCAAGUCAGAGCAAAAGCUUUGGAAACUUAUCAUUACCCGUGCAUCGGGGAGUAUCGCUUUCUCGACCUCCAGAUUACCAAGUCGCCGGCGUACCCGCAGAUUCUUUCGCGCCUCCGACAGGGCGCGCGGCUACUCGAUGUUGGGUGCUGCAUCGGACAGGAACUAAGACAGCUGACAUACGAUGGCGUCGAAUCCUCGAACCUUUAUGGGAUAGACUUAUUUGGGGACUUUUUCCAAGUAGGGUACGAUUUAUUCCGCGACCGAGACAGCUUUCGAGCGACGAUGUUGGCAGCAGAUCUGUUUGCAACAAACAACACUGAUCUGUCUCGACUACUUGGCACGAUGGAUGUAGUAUGGUCUGGGAACCUAUUGCAUCUGUUUCUGUGGGAGAGGCAGCGUCAAGCGCUGUUAUUUAUGCGGAUGAUGCUGGUCGAUUCACCAACGACUACGAUUGCUGGGAGGUUUAUGGGCAAUGCGAAUCCUGGCGAACACCAUUAUGGCUUCCGCGGGAGGACAGAUUCCAUGUAUCGGCACGAUCAACAGUCUUUCAAGACCUUGUGUCAGGAGGUUUUUGAUGGGACGGGAGAACGUUGGAGUAUAGACGUGCAGGCGUUUGACUGGGUCGAGACACUGAGCCUGCGUACAGUGGGGCAAAAGGAUGAUACUUGGACGCUUGAGAUUAGAUUUGUGAUUACUCGAUUAAGUUGA